UCUUCCUCCAAAAAGUUUUCUCUCUCUCUCUCUCUCUCUCUCUCUCUCUCGCUCUCUCUCUCUCUGUGCUGAGGAUGGGGGCAGCCCCGGGCUCCGGCUGGGAGGAGGGAGAGUUUGAGUUUAAGCUGGUGUUCGAGGAGGAUCCGCAGGAGGCCGCGGGCGCAGCCCCUGACACACACCUGAGCUCCACACACACCAGCCAGAUGAUAGGUAUCUCCUCCCCCUCUCCGUCAGCUGGACAGCGGGCAGGGAUGCACUCUCCUCCACCCAGACGGGCGCUGGUGAGGGAGUUCAGCGGGACGUACGAGAGCCUGCCGGCGCGCUCCGUUCAGGUGUCCGAGUCUAGAGUACUGGAGUGUCCGAGCAUUCAGAUCACCACUAUUUCCCCGGAGGAUGACUCCGGCCCCCCGGGGGGCAGUUAUUGGGACACUGGUGGGGGCUGGGACCGUGAGCGUCUCUAUCUGCCCCUGCUCGACCCUUUCUGCUAUCGGGACGGUGGGAUGGGUGCGGGGUCACUCAGCCCAAGCCCCGCCUCUAGCCCCUCCUCCCGUGGCUGGUUGAGCCCUGCAUCCAGCUGUGAUUCGCUGCUGGUGGAGGAGGAGGAGCUUAAUGAAGCCACCGCCCACUUCUGCCUCUCGCCCUCCUCCCGGCCCACCUCCCCCGGGGGCAAAAAGAGGAGGAACUCUCCCCUGGCCUCCCCCAGCACCUCCCGCAGGGGCAGUUACUCAGAGGAAAACCCCACCCUCCUGGAGGUGGGGGAGAACGCCGGUCAGUCUCAGGGUCCGGCCGGCAGCUGUGAGCUCAGCAUCCCCCAGAAGGCCAGGAAGACGUCUCUAGAGCAGGUUUCCUCCAGGGAUGUGGAUUCGGAGCAGUCUACAGGGCCCCUCUCAGAGCCGGUGCAGCUGAGGCGGGACCCCCCAUCUGUGGGCAUGGACUACCUGUCGGUACCCCCUGCCCUGGGCUGGGGCAGAACCCGAGCCAGUGCACACAGCCCCAUCUUCAGGUCUAAUGCGCUGCCACCACUGGACUGGCCCCUGCCGUGCCAGUUUGACCAGUAUGAGCUGCGGAUCGAGGUGCAGCCACGGCCUCAUCACCGCGCCCACUACGAAACGGAGGGAAGUCGAGGGGCCGUGAAGGCAUCGCCGGGAGGACAUCCUGUAGUGAAGCUGGUGGGAUACACAGAGCGGCAGCCCCUCUCUUUACAGGUGUUUGUGGGAACGGCUGACGACAGAUCAAUUCGGCCUCAUCCGUUCUAUCAGAUACACAGGGUGACGGGGAAGAUGGUGGGCACGGCGAGUCAGGAGAGCAUGCAGGCCGGCACCAAACUGCUGGACAUCCCCUUAAACCCGGAGAACAACAUGACUGCACUUAUUGACUGUGCAGGGAUCCUGAAGCUGAGGAACUCUGACAUUGAGCUCAGGAAAGGAGAGACGGACGUCGGGAGGAAGAACACGCGCGUGCGUUUGGUUUUCCGCACGCAUCUCCCUCUGGCCCCGCCCAUCGCCCCUCCUGGGCGGGUUUUAGCGCUGCAGGUGGCCUCUCUGCCCAUAGAGUGCUCCCAGCGUUCUGCUCAGGAGCUGCCCGUGGUCGAGUCCAUCAGUCUGUCGUCCUGCUCUGUGGAGGGUGGGGAGGAGCUUCUCGUGCGUGGGACCAACUUCCUGCCUGCCUCUAAAGUGGUGUUUAUGGAGAGAGGCUCUGAUGGUAAACUGCAGUGGGAGGAAGAGGCUCACGUGGACCGAGACAAAAGCACUGAGUGUGGGCUGUGUGUGCGAGUGCCAGCCUACAGUGACCUCUCAGUGAAUCAGCCCGUUUCUGUCUGUCUGUACGUCUCCAACGGGAAGCGCAAGAGGAGCAGCACACACUGCUUCAAAUACCUGCCCAUCAUGUUCAAAGAGGAGGACCCCCUGUUGCCCCGCCCCUCUCUCUUACCCUUAGAGGGGGUGACUCACUGCCCUGUGAGGGACCGUUCUCUGGCCGAUGACAGACUUGCCUCGUUCCAGCUGCCCCCGUAUCCCAGCGAGUUCUCCUACGCCCCCCAGGGGUACCAGGACGAUUACUGCCCCAAACCCGAAGGUCCGGAGGACGGCUCCAGAAGCCACGGGGCUCUAAACGAGCGGAACCCCAGCUUCGAAAGCCUGGAGCUGGGCUUCACUGAGCUUUUACCCCCUCUAUACCCCCCGCGGGGGGUCCAGCGAUCCUCCUCGCCCGCCCCACCCUCCCCCUCCCCCUGGCUGGACUCCCCGUACCUGUCCUCCUCCCCCUCCCCCUCUCACUCCUCCUCUCUGAGCCCCUUCCCUGCCAGCAGCCCCAUCUCCACCUCCCCCCUGCCCCCUCUCCCACACUCCCCCUACCCACACUGCCCCCCUUACCCUCAGGAAAUGUGCCCCUACCCUCCGUACGAGGGCUGGGAGCACCAAGCUCCCCUCCCAGAGGACACGGAGGGGCAGGAGGGGCAGCUGGGCUUCAGUGGAGCUCCGCCAAUGCACAACAUCACACUAGAAGAAGUAAAUGAGUUCAUCGGUGAGGACAUCAGGGCUUUUCAGACGGGCCCUCACACGGACAGCAGACCCGGAUGACCACGUCCUGCCGUCUCAUACACCUGCCAUAACAAGUGCAUUAUUAAUGUCAUAUCACUCCCUUUAUGUACGAGUUUAUAUUUGUUCAUGGUAUGUUGCUCAGAUAAGGCAAUAUGAGGAGCUACAGUAUUGGCUGUGUUGAAAUUCAGAACGCAAGGCUGUAAGUAUGUUUAUAGAUUACUUCAUCAUGACCGCGUCUUUGAG